CGCAGGUAGGAGGGAAGUACGAAGCAGUCCCCGCGCGGGUACGUGGCGGUGCGUUUGCGCCUUUCAUAAGUUUCCCCGUUACCCGCCACAACUUGUGUCACUGGAUAUGUGCCAACUGGUUAUGCGACGCUUUUCAGUGACUCUCUCUCGCCACAACUUGGAUCGUUGCGUACGUGAAACUGCAUGUGCCAGCACUUGGGUGAACCUCGUUGAUGUCAAUUUCUGUCGCUGGGUAUGUUUAACUGUUUAACUAGGUGCCAGCACUUGGGUGAACCUCUUUGAUGGCAAUUUCUGUCGCUGGGUAUGUUUAACUGUUUAACUGGGUGCCAGCACUUGGAUGAACCUAUUUGAUGUCAAUUUCUGUCGCUGGGUAUCUUUAACUGUUUAACUAGGUGCCAGCACUUGGGUGAACCUCGUUGAUGUCAAUUUCCGUCGCCGGGUAUGCUUAACUGUUUAACUAGGUGCCAGCACUUGGGUGAACCUCUUUGAUGUCAAUUUCUGUCGCUAGGCAUGUUUAACUGUUUAACUAGGUGCCAGCACUUGGGUGAACCUCUUUGAUGUCAAUUUCUGUCGCUGGGUAUGUCUAACUGUUUAACUGGGUGCCAGCACUUGGAUUAGCCUAUUUGAUGUCAAUUUCUGUCGCUGGGUAUGUUUAACUGUUUAACUAGCCCAGGGCAUGAUUGAUUGAUUUAACUGGGUAUGUGCCGCUCUUUAACGAACAUCGUUCAUCCCAACGUGGGUCGCUGGGGCUGACGUACUAGCGAAUGCUCAAAGGAACAGUAGCGGGAGAUGAUGCAGUGCCGUUCAUUAGUGUUGUCGAAAUUAUGUACAUUUCGUCGUAAAUUAGGCGCACGUGGAGAAAAUGCAUAUCGUGUGUGAAAUAAGGCUACACGAGUAGACGCGCAUGCGCUGGCAUUCAGCCAACGUCCGAACCAUUUCCACAUUGUUCCAUUUCCACGUUCUUCCUCUUUCCUUUGUUUGUCUUUUUUUUCUCUUUAUUUUUUUUUUUUUUUAUUCGCUCCUUGCUGUCUGCUGCCUUUUGGACCUUCUGGUUAUUAGGGCCAGCCAAGCUGCUUCUUUUUUAGCAACUUUUUUCCUAAUGCCUUGGCACUUUGUACCACUUGUUUUCAUGAAUAAAGGUAUUAUUAUUAUUAUUAUCUUUCCUUCGCCGGGUCCUGCCUGCCUGCUGCUCACGCGUCGGCCUUGAACGUACAGUGCGAAUAGAGGCUCGUCGAGCGUUGCUGCCUGAGGGAGUGGAGAAGGGCGGGGAAGAAGGGAUCUGGGAGAGGGGAUUUUUUUUGUCUUACAGGUCCCCUUAUUACGUCCUCGUCGCACAGCCGGUUGCUCCCAGAAGACUGCCGCCGCUCUCGAACGCUGAUAGCGCGGAAAUCUACAAACGCCUGAUAAGCGGCUCUUCGCGCGGAAGCCGUACGACGGGCAGCGGCGAGAUCUGCGAAAUCGACAGCGACCUUCCGUGUGUGAGGACGGUUUGCUGGAGAGAUAGGCUCGGGGUGAGAAAGGUGUAUUGAAUCCUGCUCUAGCAAGCGACGGCCUCGAAGCAAGAAAGCCGAGCGGUGUGGUUCGGGCGUCGCGACCUGUGAACGGACGGAAAGCUUCGUUCGAGUGGCAGAGAUCAACAGCGGGAAGACGGAACAGAGCGAGACGUGAUGCCAGCCAACAGCAGCAAGGACCAGAAGACCGGCAAGCCCGGGAAGGUGAUCCUGGGCUACUGGGCCAACAUCCGGGGAAUCGUCGAGCCCAUCCGGUGCAUGCUGGAGUACGCCGGAGUGCCGUACGAGUACAAGACGUACCCGUGGCUGGACAGGCCCACUCCGCAGGAGAGCAAGGCCGUGUGGCUGCAGGAGAAGGCGGCGCUGGCCGAGAGGGGAUUCGCCUUUCCCAACCUGCCGUACCUGGUCGACGGCGAAGACACCAAGAUCGUCCAGAGCCUGGCCAUCAUGCGCUACUUGGCUCGCAAGCACGGCCUCGCCGUGCCGGACUCGAAGCCCGCCUUGGCCGCUCGCGUCGACAUGCUCGAAGGGCAGAUCGACGAGCUCAGGUGGUACCUGAUCUUCUACUGCUGGGACGACUACGUCGCGACCCUGAAGGGCGACUUCGCCGAGGCCCUGCCCGGACAGCUGGAGCUGCUGUCGCGCAGCCUGGCCGACCGCAAGUGGCUCGCCGGCGAUCAGAUCACCCACGUGGACUUCAUGCUGUAUGAGCUGCUCGAUCAGUUUUUGCUCUUCAAGCCGGGCUGCCUGAACGAGCACGCCAACUUGAAGGCGUACGUGGAGAGAUUCCGCCAGCUGAAGCCCAUCAAGGCGUACCUGUCCUCGGACAGGUUCCAGCCCUGGCCCGUGUUCCUGCCGGUGGCCAAGCGCUGGGGAUGCGGCAAGCCUCCGGCGAGCCUCGUAGGCAAGCACGCGAAAGCCUGAAAAAAAAGCUUUCUUCUCCCCUCUCCUCUUUAUGAAGGCAGAUUGUGGUGGCGUGUUCAGAAAUUGGAUAUUAAAAUUUUCUUCCCCUGUUUGGAA